GGUUCAUCAUCAGUCAAGUGCGUCACCGUUUCGGAACCAGUGAUCCAACCGACAAAAAGUGCAAACUUUCAGUAUGAAGUCGUUCGUUGCCAUCAUUUCCCUAGCUCUGGUUGCCAGCUCCAUGGCCGUCACCGAGCAGGAGAAGGAAGCGGCCCGCCAGCUGGCCGGCAAGUGCAUGCAGCAAACCGGCGCCUCGGAGGACUCCGUCCAGCGGCUCCGCAACGGGGACACCUCGGAUGCCGACUCCAACACGCGGUGCUUCGUGCAGUGCUUCUUCCAGGGCGCCGGAUUCGUCGAUGCCGACGGUAACGUCCAGGAGGAACACGUGAUCGAGAAGAUGUCCGCCGAGUUUGACCGCGCCAAGGCCGAGGAGGUCGUGAGCCGCUGCCGGAACAACGCCGGACCGAACGCGUGCGAACGGUCGUUUGCCCUGCUGCAGUGCUACAUCGCCAACCGGGCCCAUCUGGUUUGAGGGGGGAGUUUUGAGUGACUCUUGGACACUUGGAUUUGAACACGGAUCUUUCGUUUGUUAAUUGCUAUCAUUGGCAGCUCUUCCUUUCAAUCAGUUCUUAAUAAAUUUACUUUCAUCCCUCA